UCCACAGCCAACAUGAGCAACACCGGCAUGAACAUGAGGGGAAAGAUCAUCUUCUACGAGGAGAAGAACUUCCAGGGCCGCUCCUACGAGUGCAUGAGCGACUGCUCGGACAUGACCUCCUACCUGAGCAGGUGCCACUCCUGCAGGGUGGAGAGCGGCUGCUUCAUGGUCUACGACCGCCCCAACUACAUUGGAAACCAGUUCCUCAUGAGGAGGGGCGAGUACGCCGACUACAUGAGCAUGAUGGGAAUGAGGGAGUGCAUCAGGUCCUGCCGCAUGAUCCCCAUGCACCGUGGCCAGUUCAGGAUGAGGAUCUACGAGAGGGAGAACUUCGGCGGACAGAUGAACGAGCUGCAGGACGACUGCGACAACAUCCAGGACCGCUACCGCAUGUCCGACUGCAUGUCCUGCAACGUGAUGGACGGCCACUGGCUGAUGUACGAGCAGCCCCACUACAGAGGCAAGAUGAUGUACCUGAGGCCCGGAGAGUACAAGAGCUUCAGGGACAUGGGCAUGAGCGGCACCAGGUUCAUGAGCAUGAAGCGCAUCAUGGAUUCCUGCAACUAAAAGUUCACUCAAUGUUCAAUGUAUGUAGCAAA